AUGUCGGCGAUCGGAAAGCGAAAGGCCCACCCCGUCAACCCUGCAGCCCGCCUGUCGCACGAUAUGGCAGACCCCUCAUCAUCGUCCCUCCCAUCCAAACGGCACAGAUCUGGCGAUGUCGCGCGCGACGCAGCAUCCAGCGGCACGUUGGUCCACGACACCAUCGAAGAUGACCCAGAGCUAGAGGAGCAGGACCGCAAGCGCAACCAGCAGGGCAGAAAGGGCCGCCUCAUCACCUCGGGUUACGAAUCGGAAUCCUCCGACGAAGACGACGGCGCCACCCACAGGAGAAGGGCCGAGCGCAAGGCCAAGACCGCAGACGACAACGAUGACGACGGAGACGACAUGUUUGCGGCAAACUCGGACCACGAGGGCGGCGGCGGCGACGAAAGCGACAAGCACAAGCCUCGUCAGCGCUUCCUCCAGCUCGGAGAGAUUGAAGGUCAGGAAUUCGCGUCCAGGUCCCGCGACAAGGACCAGGACAGCGGCAGGGAGGACAACGGCGACGACGAAGACGACGAGCAGGAUCCUGACCUGGAGCUCGAGGAGUCCGAAGACGAAGACGACGAUGCCGUCGGCGACGGGGCAAUGGACCUCAACGCACGGAGCGAAAAGACGCCGCCCACCUCGCCAGGCGGCACCCCGCUGCGCGCCGCAGAGAUGAGCCGCAAAAGAAAAGCCGAGGCCGGCAAAAGCGGAAAGCGAGGCAGCGCCGUCAGGAUCACCGGCUUCAACAUGAAGGAAGAAAUGCAGACGGGCAAGUUUGACGAGGAGGGCAACUACAUCGAGAACGCCAAGGACCCGCACGCCGAUCACGACGUCUGGCUAGCGGGCAAUUACUCGCGCAGCAAGAUCCGAGCCGCAAGAGAGGCGCAACAGAAGCGGGAGCGCGAGCUACAAGAAAAGGAGGCAAAAGCCGACGAAGAAGACAACGACGAAGACGACGUCAAGAAGCGCCUGGUCGAGCACAUGCGCAGGGCCGAGACGGUCCUCGGUACGCUGCAGCGGCUCGGCAAGGAGGCCAAGAAGGACAAGGGCCCAAAGGCGCAACGGCGCGGGAUCAAGCAGAGGCGAUUCAACAGCUCCAACAGCGAUCGCGCAGCGGCCGACGACAACGACAUGGACGUCGACGCGGCAGCAGCCAAGGCCGAGGCCAAACCGCAGGCCGUCCUCGACCUCGAAGUCGUGACCCACCUCUCGUCGGUCCUCAUGUCCCGAUUUGGUCAGAUGGACAUCUACGAGCAAACCUACGAGGGCCUGCUGCGCGAUGUGAGGAAAUCCGGUCUCGUUCGAGGCACCUUCGACCCUGCCUCGCGCUUCGACGAGCCGUCUGCAUCAGCCGGCGCCUGUCCCGGCAUGUCAGAGGCCGAGGCAGCGGAGCCUUCCGCACAACGGUGGGAGUACCGGUGGUCACCGUCGUACCUGGCUGCGGCGGCUCAAUCUUCCGGCGGUUCCGUCGCACCAGACAUCGAGAUCUUUGGACCUUUUCCCAAGGCAGACAUCAAGGGCUGGGCUGGGGCAGGCUAUUUCGGAGACAACGGCGAGCGCGUCCUGCUCAGGCUAGCUGGAUCAAGAGACGCCUGGAGAACAUAUGCCGAAUGUAUGGCCUCGUGA